AUGACAGAUAAAUGCCUUCAAGUCAAACCUCAGGAAGCAUCAAUGAGUACCCAAACUGAGAGGAACAUAAACAUUGAAUUAGAGGUUCGAAUUGAAAAUUCCAUGCUAAAAAACAAAGUAAAAUUGCUCCAAAAUGAAGUUGAUCAUCUGCAAACAUCUAGUAGUCUAAAAUUACCAAACAAACAAAAAUCCUCUGUAGAGACUUCCAGUGAGUUUACCUUUGAUGUCAUAAUGAAGGAUAAAGAGAAGUUCAAGUACUAUACAGGACUAACCAUUUCACAGUUCAUGUGUUUGUGGGAGUAUCUAGGACCUUCCAAAAAUAAGCUAGUUUAUUGGAACAGUGACUGUGAAUAUCCAGAUAGAUCGCCAACCAAGAGACCUGGACCAAAGCGCAAACUUGAACCAAAAAAUGAACUGUUCAUGACACUCAUGCGGCUAAGACAUGGAUUUCUUGUUGAAGAUCUAUCAUACAGAUUUAAUGUUAGCACCUCUAUGGUCUCUAGAAUAAUUCUCACAUGGGUUCAGUUUCUGUAUAAAAGAUUUCUUCCCCUCAGAUCAAAAAUGUUCCCAAGUAGGUCUCACUUGCGCAAGUUUGCACCUAAGUCUUUCAAGAAGUACAAAAAUAUAAGAUGUAUUAUAGAUUGUACAGAGGUAUUUGUUCAACAACCUAGAGACUUUGGUAAACAAGGAAAUUGUUACUCUUCAUAUAAGGGUCACACUACAUAUAAAUUUCUAGUUGCAAUUGCACCAAAUGGAGCAAUUGUUUUUGUUUCCGACGCAUUCGAAGGAUCAAUUUCUGACAAAGACAUUGUCAUCAAGUCUGGUUUUUUAGACCAUUUAGAGAAUGGUGAUGUAAUAAUGGCAGAUCGUGGUUUUGUAAUUGAUGACUUACUAAUGACACGGGGUGCAAAACUUGUUUUGCCUCCAUUUUUAGGAGGAAGAACAAAACUUAGUGCUCAGGAGGAGGCAAGCACGAAAGACAUAGCAAAACAUCGCAUCCAUGUAGAACGCACCAUAGAGAGAAUGAAAAAAUUUAGAAUUUUACAGAAAACAAUACCGUUGUCAUUAGAGCCAGUAUUUUCUCAAUUAAUAUUUGUUGUGGGUUGUUUAGUUAAUUUUCAAGAUCCAAUAGUUAAAUAA